AUGGAAAAAGAAAACUCUCCAAUUCCUCCUUCAUUAACUCAUAAUGAUAAUAAAACAAAUCCUUCUGUUUCUUCAAUAUUUGACACCUUACAAGGUGAAUCUGCUUUAACAACUGAUCAAAUAAUUUCAAUUGACUCUUCUACUUCUCAUGAUUCAACGAAUAAACAAAAGGAGACUUGGUUUUCGGAUAUAAAUAGCUUGAAUGCUAUCUUUGCUUCUUUAGGUACUGCUAAUGGUUUGACAAAAAAUCCUAAAAUUGAUGAUCGUGAGUGUAGUAACCUUGAUGAUGAUAAUAACUUGAAAAACCUUUCAAUUGAUGAUAAAGACAUUCGUGAGUGUAGUAACCUUGAUGAUGAUAACCUGAAAAAUCUUUCAAUUGAUGAUGCUGAAUCUAGCGGAUACUACGAUGCUUCAUCCAAAGUUUCCCAUAUCCAUCAAGAAAUUUUUGAUAAAACUUCAAUAUCAUCUUUUGAGUUCCUAGAAACUUCAAAAUCUGCCUCUACAACUACUCCUCUUUCUUUAUCUUGUCAACCUCAAGAAUUAGCAAAACUUGAUAUUAUCCAAUGUCAAUUUGAAUACUUCGGUGGCAAAUCUUCUGCC